UCACUUUAGAAGAAACACCAUUUAACAUUUAUUGACUAAAGCUUAUACAAUCUUACAAAGAGAGAAAUGAAGAAAGCUACGGCAUUGAUGAAACAUGUCGUUGCCGUGUUGAGCUCAGCUGCAAAGGCAAAGUCUAUAGCCAUAAAGAACAAAACAAGUGCCUUCAAGACAAGACUACUCAUGUUGUCCCUCGUGAAACCCGAGAAACUCGGGUUCCGUUCAAUUUCCAACAAGAUUCACAACCUCCUAGGCCAUGCAGAUCAAGACCACGACCAUGAACAAGACAAUAGCAAGGCUAUAAUCCUCUACAACAACGGGGAAGUACUGGCUCAUUGUGAGAGUUAUGACGUACAAGAAGAGGAGGAGUGUGACAAGUAUCCUGAUCUGAGGCACACGUUGUUCGAAGGGGAGGAGGAUUUUGAGGAAUUGGAAGAAGGUCAAGGAAGUUCUGUGAUAGAUAUGGUGAGGAACUCGAAGGAAGAAGAAGGAGAGAGUUUCAAGUUAGAAGAUGAGAUCGACCAUGUUGCGGAUCUCUUCAUAUCGAAGUUUCAUAAGCAGAUGAAGCUUCAGAAACUCUUGUCCUUCAAGAGGUAUCAAGAAAUGCUAGCCCGUGGCACAUAAACUCAUAUAUAUACAUGUUGGCAUAGAUAUGAAGAAUAGAUUCAUAUUACGAUCUUUGCCAACGUUCAUAUCUUGUGUUGUGACUAUUGUCAUUCAUAACAACUUCCAGCUUCUCAUUUUUAAGAUCAAAUAGUAUGAUGUAUUAAAUGUAAUUUCAGUUAUUUAGUUGGGCCAAGGAAGGAUC